AUGCCAACCACAAUGAAUAAUUUCUUUCGUUCCUCCAAGUCUAACAAAAGAUCCAGUACCAAUACAAGUAGGAGUUCUAACAGUCAAGGUUCAUCGCCUCCACAACCAAUCCCGAUCAAAUUAAAUGUGGGCGGAAACUUGUAUAUAACAACACAACAAACUUUAUGCAUACAUCCUUCGUAUCUUUCCGAAUUAUUUUUCUUGUAUCGUUCGCCUGAAUCAUUAUCAUCAUCACCGCAACCAAAAAAACGCAAAGAAUUAUUUAUUGAUCGUGAUGGCACUCAUUUCGAUCAUAUUUUGAACUUUCUACGUACAGGAACAUUACCAAAAAUAUCAUUAUCGAUUUUACAGAAAUUAGAAUGCGAAGCGAAGUUCUACGGUAUAAAACCAUUGAUCAAUCUGGUUUCUCAACGUAUACAAAAUCAUUUAAGUUUACCAAAAUUCAAAGUUGUUCCGAUUCAAUCUCUUUCUCAAGAAAAUAAUAAUAUUCUUCGUCCGAAUCCAAAAAUUUCAAUCUAUAGCAGCAGCAAUAACAGCAUUAAUAAUAGUGUCGGAUCAAGAUUAUCGUCAAAUCAAUCAUUCUACACUCAUCACAAUUUAUCUUUAUCUAAUCCUUCAUACGGCGAAGUUCCAAUCAUUUACAAUCCAAAAUUCAAUGAAUCUGAUUUGUUACAUCCAUAUUCAUCAAAGAAUAUUUCAACACGAUCGUUAUACAGUAACAGCAGCAAUAACAACAAUGAUAAUAAUAGAGAAAGUUGUGUCAAAACACCUCAAUCAGAACCAACGCAAAUUUCUGAAGAGUUGAUAGGUGACAAGGUGAAUUCGACCGAUUAUGACAUUAUUAGCAUAACAUCUGUACCAAUAUUUUUCAAGAAAUGUCCUGAAGGUCAUGGUGAAUUAAACAGGUUUUCCGAUCCUUAUUGCGAUACAACUUGCACCGAGUCUCAUGUACAAUUAUCAAAAGAGAUGGCUACAUAUGUUGUGUUGAAGCGUAAAGAUGAUUGA